CACGACCGUUUUCUUCAUUCUCGAAUUUGACGCGCGAUCUUCGUUACGAGUAACGAUCUAUUUCGCUAAUUUAAAAGUAUUUUUUGACUCACUUUAUUGUAAAAUUUUAAAGUGCAUUUUUUUUGUAAAACUGUAUAUCAAUACAGUUAAAAUUAUUAAGUUAUUUAAUACGAUUUUAAUUAUAAAAACUAUAAGUGAAAUACUGUGAUAUAACUGUGAUAAGUGCAAUUGUGACACAAAUUAGUAAAAGUGCAAUAUAUACUGUGCAUUCGUUUAGUUUUUAUUAUUGGUCAUUAAAAACCGGUAACGGAAUAAUCAUAACAAAUCGACCAGUUCGCUAAAUUCUGCGCUUAUACGACGAAACCUGUUGAAAAGUACGAUGUGCCAUUGAGACUGGCAAACGGAACCGGAAGCGAGCGCCAUGCUUGCCGUACUGCCGCGCUGGAUAGCGCGGCUCCAAGAUGGAGGUCUCCUGAAUCAGCUGCUUAUGGCUGUGAUGGUGACCAUCCCAGUCCUCAACUUCGGCAUGCUAAUGGGCUGGCAGUCGCCCAUGACGCCGCUCCUCCAGUCACCCGACGGUCCGGCGCCGGAACCGAUAUCGGACGACACCAUAUCGUGGAUGGCGUCCGUCACAUUCCUACCGCCAGUGUUCUGUGGGUGCCUGGUGGGGGAUCUGGCCGACAGGUGGGGGAGGAAGGUUACUACUAUGAUGACGUCACUCAUGCUUGUGAUCAGCUGGGCCAUAACUAUGUUCUCUCUAGCCCCUUGGGCGUUAAUAACGUCGCGCGCCGUCGCCGGCCUGGCCUGCGCUGGAUGCUAUGUGGUCACGCCACUGUACCUGAAAGAGAUCGCAUCAGACAAUGUCCGCGGCGCUCUCGGCUCCCUCUUCAUCCUAUCCCAAAACCUGGGCUACCUGGUGGUCUACGUGGCCGGGGACCUCCUGUCCUUCGGCAGCGUGCUGUGGCUGUGCACGGCAGUUCCAGUGCUGCAUCUGGUCGCGUUCCUGGCGAUGCCCGAGACGCCUGUGUUCCUGGUGAAACAGGGGAAGAUUCAGGAGGCACGUGAGGCUCUAGCUUGGCUGCGUAACACCAGCACAGACAACAAGGACCUGGAAGAAGUCAUCCAACAGCUGGACAGAGAGGAGCAGCUGGCCAGGUCCAUGCAGAAGGCCACCUGGAUGAGCAUAGUGCGCGACAAAACGACCUUCAAAGCAUUCCGGAUAUCCCUCAACGUGAUGCUGUCCCAAGAGACCUGUGGGUACCUGGUGGUCCUCAUGUACGCUGGCUCCAUCUUCGAGCAGGCCUCGGAGUCCAUCAGCUUGAAGCUCAGUCCUAACAAGCAGACGAUUGUAGUGGGGGGUAUUCAGCUGCUUGGGUCUAUAGUGGCCAGCUGUAUUGUUGAGAAGACAGGACGAAAGUGGCUCCUCGCCGGAACCUCGUUCGCAACCGGCGUCUCCAUGCUGGCUCUGGGCGCCUGGUUCUACAUCACCAGCGUCGGUUUCUGGUUGCCGGGCUGGUUGCCCGUACUGGCCAUGUGUCUGUGCAUCUUUGCUGAUGCAGCAGGAUACCAGCCUGUGCCUUAUGUCAUCACUUCAGAGCUGUUCUCGUUCCAACACCGAGGCAUGGUAACCUCCUUCGUAAGCAGCGUCGACGCACUCAGCGACUUCCUCCAAACGAAGGCCUACGAUCCUCUCCUCAAACUCCUCGGCAUCCACUGGGUGUUCGUCAUGUUCUCAAUAGUCUGCUUCCUCGGCACACUGUACACAGUAUUAUGGGUCCCUGAGACUAAGGACCGCAGCGUAGAAGAGAUCUACGCUAUUCUAGAGGAUUCUAGAAAGAAGGAAAAGAGGAAAGAUGUGGAGACGGGGAAGGAGGUGUGUCGGUUAUGAUUUUUUGAGUAGAUUGUUGUGUGGUUUUCUGAGGUUCUAAAUUUAAUUUUUUUUGAGCUGACUCACUAUUAUGUCUUGUAAAUCUAUGUAAUACUACCCUGUGAUCUGUGCGAUUAUUAGAUGGAGCAUUCAGACUUGAGGUAACCACACAUUGGCGCUUCCUUACUGAUUAAGCAAGUGCGCACUCACUCAUUUAAUAUUAGUAGCGGCAAUGUUUAUGAAUACUUAUAUAAAUUAAAUAUAUUUCUAAUCUACAAAAACAACAUAGAGUCAGACCGUAAAAAGUCUGUAGCGAUUUUGAUAGCCCACGCAGUGCAACGGUCAUUUUAAACGUCAAACUUCUAUGAAAUUAUGACGUAUAAAUAACACUUCCACUGCGUUGGCUAUCAAAUCCGCUGCAGACUUUUAUUGGUCCGACUAUAAUAAAACAGUAGACUUUUGUAGUAUAAUACAGUGAACCUAUUUAUAGGACCUAUAAUUUUAAUAAACGCACCAUCUGAGUGGUACGUUUAUUCAAUUGCUUUAUUCGGCAUAUGCCGCUCUUAGCGGAUUGGCGCCCCGGGCCAUAGCCCGACUGACCCUAGGGUCAAUACCCUAUACCCUAUUUACCCUAGGGUAAAUAGGGUAUAGGGUAGGGUAGGGUAGGGUAUAGGGGUUUAUUUUGUAUUUACCCUAGGGUAAAUAGGCCCCUAUUUACUUUAGGCGCAAGUCAAGUAGGCCAAGUCUGUGCAGAGUUAGCGUAGGCGAACUCUAGGUACCUACGAAUAUUGUAUUUCUUUGCAAUAUUUACGAAAUAUCAGAUAAAAUUAUAAAUGUAUGGUUCCAAUUCUCUGAGAACCAAACAAAGGUCUUCUACUUAAUUUUUCUUUGCAUUUGACAGACCUAUCUUAAUAAAGAUGUUUUUUUUUAAUGAUUGCAGCGCCAUCUGCCUUAAGUUUUGCAUGACUUUAUCCUCAUUGUGUUUACAGCCGUUUUAACCUUGUAACAACCAGGACAAUUUUUGUAUUUUUGAAUUUGGAACUUUUUAUGUCUUUUGAGAGUUCAAAACUCGAAUUGAAUUUGUUGAAAAAAUACGCUGGGACUAACGAGGUUAACUUAGAAAAUCACACACGGCCCAAUUCUAACUUUAAGAUACGUCAAUUAAUAGAUCUAGUAACGAUAUGGAUUAGAUAUGUAACGUUUUUUAAAACAAACACGUCACUUUUGACACUGACACAUCUAAUUCAUAGGUAUACCUAGUUUCUAGAUCUAUUAUUUUGACGUAUCUUAAAGUUAGGAUUGGGUAGACAGAAUCUUGUCGCAAUAACAUUUUGCUCAAUCCACUCGUGCCUUAAUACGUAUGACGUAAUGUUUAUAUGACAGGGUUCUUAGUUAUAAAUGACUACUUUGUACAUAGAUGAUAUCCUGCGAGAUAGAGCAUAUAAGAUGGCUUGUUGGCUACACUUAUCGGCGCAGUUGUACUGUUUAUAAAGUUAUUAUAUUAGACAACGCGUACAAAAAAAUUAAAAUGUAAGACUAAAACGGGCAUUUUUGUGUUUUGAGUCGAUGUACUUAUAUAGUUAUUAGUAUGUAAAUGAACGAAAAGCAAUUACUCAAACCCGUUAAUGUUUAGGUCAUCCUAAGCAACUUUUACUAUGGGACCAACCCCGAAAUCGCGAAAAAAAUAUUGUCUCUCCCAUAGGUUUCAACAUCAGACCAGCAAAAUGUAUGAAACAUUUUUGUUCCGCAUUUUCGGAGUUGGUACCGUAGUAAAAGUUGGUCAGAGUGCCCUAAACAUUAAACGGUUUGAGUACCUAAUUGCUUUUCGUUCAGUUACAUACUAUAUGUACUUACAUUCAAGGAUUUUAAUGUCAUGUACCACUUUGUACCUUGUCAUAGUGACAAGCAAUUGGAAAACCACUGAUUACAUUAAUAAUUUUGUCACAUCCACACACUCGAGUGGCACACAAGUGGCAUUGAAAUAAAAUUUCUUGACCGUACCUACCUACAUCAAUGGUGCCUUCACAUGCUUGAUAAUCUUUGGAAAACCUUCAACUACGAUAAAAACUUAGGUACGUUAGAAUUAGAUGAAGGUCUGCCUUGUCGAACAUUUGAACGCACCUUAAUAAUUAAGGCUUAUUUUGUUUUUUUUUGUUAUUAUUAAGCUAUGUAUUGAUAAGCUGUACUUAAUUAGAAUUUUAACAUAUUUGAAAACACGCUGAUCAGAAUGGGAUGAGAGCGCGUCUUAUAUGCACUAUUUAGUGGGAGGUCAUCUAUGACUGAGCAAUAAAAAUGAAUUACUUUGAAAGAACCAGGUGACCCAUUUUUAUUGCUUAUGAGGGUAGUUUGAUCGAAUGUAUUAUAGAACUCGCUUCGCCUAAUGAUAACGAUUGUGAUAUUAUUGACGAAUAUUAAUGUUUAAUGUUGGUAUUUUUAUUUGUAAGUCUAUUUUUAUGACAAUAAAAGUAUUUUAUUUAUAACGA